CGAGAACGCUACCCUGAAGGUCAGGACGUGAUUAUUGCAUGCUAAGGGGGUACACAUGAAGCAAAGACAGUACAAUGACGAGCUAUGGCAUGAACGAUGAUCCGGGACGGCCGAUGAAAAGAAGGCGCGAGAGAGACCGGCCCAAAGCAGGCCCCGAAGUGCCUUACAACCCCAACAAGCGUGUUCUGCUCAGCUACGAAUCCGAUGAAGAGGGCUACUCUGUGAAUACAGCUUCGCCAAAGAUGGCAGAUGAUGCACCUCAUCAGACUGUGCAAGCAGUUGUUCCAGCCAAUUCCGCGCCGCGAAGAGAAUCUCAACGCCAGGACGAGGAAGGCCUUGGUGAAGACGAAGACAGCUCUGUAGCCACAGCCGCAGCAGUGAAAGCAAAGAAAGACACAGUGACCGCCAAAGACGACUCUGCAAGAACGCGUGGGGUGCGCAGACAUGAUACCACCGGUCAACGGGCCGCUCUGGGCUCGUUGUCCUACCAAUGCGACGAGGGAGAAGAGAAGGAUGACGAAGAGGAGUACAAUACCGAAGAUGAGGAGGCUAUGUCUUAUCUGAGGGCCGUGCGAUCCGAACGACAGAACAUGCCAACGGUUUUCAGAGCACCAAGCGGGGACUCGCACGAAGACAUAUACGAGAGCGGUGUUGGCGACACCCGUGGAUUCUUUGAGGACGGUGCGUAUGUCGCUGCUGCCAACCUAGGACCGCAGCUUCCCCAGGGCCUUGACGACGACAUCGCGCCUCAAGAAGCAUUCACGCUGGCGCUGAGAGAGCGCUUCUUGACACAGCGCGAUCGCAUGCAUCUGCCUCCAGACUCGCAGGCACUGCAAUCACUGCAGGACGAGCAUCUGAUCUCCUUUCCAGCAAAGAGCGACGAAGCAUACAAGGAUUGGAGCCGCCAUAUCAAGACCGCUGUGCCGCUAACUGCUCAGAUACAGUCUAUGCAGCAGGCCGACGCCUUGAGGCUACUCAAUCUCAUCCAAGAGCGCUUCAUCAGGCGUGAAGCGCACAUUGCAGGUAAUGUCGCCGCUUGGAUCUGGUCGCUACUCGCCCGACUUGGCGAUGUCGGAGCCAUGGGCAACGACGACGUCUCCGCUGUUCGUGAGCUCGCGAAGAAGGCAAUUAUUGCACAGCUUUCUUUCGAUAAUCCCGACGCCGCUGAACAGCUUGAAAACGCGGCGGCCGAAGAGAGGGAUGGAGCGCAGUAUCCAUCCCAGCAAGCAGGACUAGCUGGACAAGAGACGUCUGACGCCAGUCCGUCCGCCGGCGAAACCGAGGUGAUGCAUGCAAGAACAGACGCAACCACUAGUGAAGUGCAGGAUACGCUGGCAACGCUCGACAUGAUCAUUGUAUUAGCUGGCGACGUCUUCCGGCAACGAGAUCUGCUCGAAUUUCGGCGCUCGUGGCCUUCGCUAUCGGCAUCAUGAGCAGGCUGGUAUACCUCUUGACGGCCAAUUCGAACUUGCAACGACCAGCCACACGCCUUGUUCGAAUGAUCGUGAGUACAACGUAGGCAGGCUCGCAGGGUAGGCGUGGCUCGUCAAAUGUGGAGUCGAAAUUGCGACCCGAUCCGGCAAGAGUAAGGUAGCAUGUAACCUCACGUCAGCGCUACCGCGGCACUCUUCGAUAUAUCGUCUUCCGGCACAGUAGGUAGAACACCACUUACUUUCUUCCCUGU